AUGUCUUCAGACGACGGCUGUACUUCGUAUGAUAACCUGAUGCAGGUCGGCGAAACGACAGUCAAGGCAACAAAUCCGCUUCUACUGCUGGUCAGACUCGCAACCGGAUCGUUUCGCGCCUCGUCUGCUCUUGCUAAAGGGGAUAAAGCUCAACUGGUGACCCUACGAGUACUCGAAAAGACACACAACAUCAUGUCUCGAGACACUCUCAACACUCUGCACGGACAGUACGAGGUGCUCGCCAUUCACAGAAAAGACAUAAGCAGAGACGUCAUGGAGCGCCUGAAGCAAUGGGACGAUAUUAUGGAUUACAAAAAGCGUUCUGUCGCUUUGAGAGAGCUUACCGUCACUUCCUCACAUCAGGCACGGAGUGAUCUCUUGUGGAAGAAGGGGGCCAAAUCGGGCCGUCCGAAAUCGCACAAACCGGCUGCGCCUAACCCAGGCUCAUCGAAUGUGCACACUGGCACUUCAAACGACCGUGACAUCUCUGGCAACUCAUCUACGAACUCACCUGCUGCGGGCGGUGUAGGCGAACCACACGACCAAUCUACGCCAGUACCAGGUAUGGCUGUAGGCAUUUCCCAUACCCUGGUAUCUGACCACCACGUCGUCAGCAGACGACGCCACGCCUGA